AUGUGUACGGUUCAGGUCGUAGCUCGUCGUUCGGAUCUGAAGCUAAUCGUGACUUCAGCAACCAUGGACUCAAGCAAGUUCUCCACCUUCUUCGGCAACGUGCCAACCUUCACCAUUCCAGGCCGAACCUUUCCCGUAGAGACUUUCUUCUCCAAGAACGUCUGCGAAGACUACGUCGACGGUGCCGUGAAACAGGCGAGUCUUAACUGUGCGCUACAGAUCCAUUUACAGCCGGAUGAAGGAGACAUCUUGAUUUUUAUGCCAGGUCAAGAAGAUAUUGAAGUCACUUGCGAGGUCCUAACAGAACGUCUAGGUGACCUGGACAACGCGCCGCCACUCACAGUACUGCCGAUAUAUUCGCAACUUCCAGCUGACCUGCAAGCGAAGAUAUUCCAGCGUGCUCCUCCAGGACAAAGGAAAUGCAUCGUAGCCACUAAUAUAGCUGAGACGUCUUUGACAGUGGAUGGCAUUAUGUACGUGAUCGACUGUGGUUACUGUAAACUGAAGGUCUAUAAUCCACGAAUAGGCAUGGACGCCCUGCAGAUCUACCCAGUAAGCCAGGCUAACGCUCGACAACGAGCAGGUCGCGCAGGCCGCACAGGUCCUGGUCGCGCGUUCUGUCUGUACACGGAACGGCAGUUCAGCCAGGAGCUGCUACCAGCCACUGUGCCUGAAAUACAGAGGACCAACCUCGCUAACACCGUGCUACUGCUCAAGUCGCUCGGGGUCGAUGACCUGCUCGCCUUCCACUUCAUGGACCCGCCACCGCAGGACACGAUCCUCAAUUCAAUGUACCAGCUGUGGAUCCUCGGCGCGUUGGACGGCACCGGAGCCCUAACUCCUCUCGGCAGACAGAUGGCGGAGUUCCCUCUCGACCCGCCGCAGUGCCACAUGCUCAUAGUCUCCGCUGAGAUGGGCUGUAGCGCUGAGAUGCUCAUUAUAGUGUCGAUGUUGUCUGUUCCGUCCGUGUUCUACCGGCCCCAGGGGCGCGAGGAGGACGCGGACACCGCCAAGGAGAAGUUCCAAGUGGCAGAGUCUGAUCACCUCACACUACUACAUCUAUACAACAUGUGGAAAUCAAACAAUUAUUCUAGCGCGUGGUGUACGGAACAUUUCGUCCACGCCAAGGCGAUGCGGAAGGUCCGCGAGGUCCGCCAGCAGCUACGGGACAUCCUCACGCAGCAGAGACUGCCGCUGGUGUCGUGCGGCACCGACUGGGACACUGUCAGGAAGUGUAUAUGCUCAGCGUACUUCCAACAAGCGGCCCGGCUGAAAGGUAUCGGCGAAUACGUGAACUGCCGCACAGGCAUGCCGUGUCAUUUACACCCCACAAGCGCUCUGUUCGGAGCGGGCAGCGCGCCCGACUACGUGGUGUACCACGAACUAAUGAUGACUUCCCGCGAGUACAUGCACUGCGUCACAGCUGUAGAUGGACGCUGGCUCGCUGAAUUGGGACCUAUGUUCUUCUCCGUUAAGGAAACUGGCAAAUCAAAUCGCGAUAAACGCAAGGAGGCUGCAGUACAUCUACAGAGGAUGGAAGAAGAGAUGAAAAUGGCUGAACAGAAGAUGGCAGAAGAAAAGAAGAAGAGAGAUCAAGAAGUUCCGGUCAAACAGGAAGUGGCCACGCCCGGGCUGAACACGCCGCGACGGACGCCGCAUACGCUCGGCUUGUAG